CCUGUGAUUUUAAGCUGUACGCACAACUGCUGCCGAGCCUGCAUCGAUCAGUGUUGUGGGGAGGGUUGGACACCGACAUCUCCUGCCCUAGAUGCAGUCAGACCUUUCUCCAUGGCAAUUCUGAACCCACUGGGAGGCUGGCAAGUGUUACAGAAAUAGCCCAGCAGCAGUGUGCUGGCAGGGAGCAAGUGUGAGGAGCCUGGGAAGGCUCUGAAGCUCUUCUGGGAAGCAGAGCAAAUACUGAUGUGCUCCAUCUGUCCAGAGUCCCAGGCACACUGAGCUCACACUGUGGUUCCCAUCCAGGGGGCUGCCCAGCAGUGCAAGGAACAAAUUCAGCCUUAGUUGGAGAUUCUGAGGGAAGAGAGAAAAAGGCUUGAGGGGGAAGAAAAGUUGGAGACACCAGGAAUAUCAGAUCCAUGGCCACUGAGAACUCAGCAGAAAAUCUUCAGGAGGAAACUACCUGCUCUAUCUGCCUGGACUUUUUCAUAGAUCCAGUGAUGCUUAUUGACUGUGGGCACAACUUCUGCCAUGCCUGCAUCACCCAGUGCUGGGAGGAGGCCAACACAGAUGUUUUCUGCCCUCAAUGCAGACAGAUCUGUUCCCAAAGGACCCUCCGGCCUAACCGGCAGCUCAAGAAUGUUGUAGAAAUAGCCAAGAAGCUGAAUAAGCAGGCAGCCAAAGAAGCAGGAGGGAGCAGGUGUGAGAAACACGGGGAAGCUCAGAAGCUCUUCUGUGAAACAGGCCAGAUGCCGAUAUGCCGAGAAUCUCGGGUACACAGAGCUCACCCUGUGGCUCCCAUCCGGGAGGCUGCCCAGCAGUACAAGGAACAAAUUCAGACCCAGCUGGAGAUUCUAAGGGAAAAAAGAAAAAGGCUUGAAAACCUGAGAGCAAGGGAAAGUCAGAAACACCAGGCCUGUCAGGAGAAGGCAGCAGCUGAGAGGAGGAAGAUUGUGUCUAAAUUUGAACAAUUGCACCAGUUCCUGGUGGAACAAGAACAGCUCCUGCUGGCCCAGCUGGGAGAGCUGGAGAGGACAAUUGGGAAGAAUCGAGAAGAAACUGUCACCAAACUCUCUGAGGAGAUUGCCCGUCUCAACAGCCUGAUCAGAGAGAUGGAGGCAAAGUGCCAGCAGGCAGCCAGUGACUCCCUGCAAGACAUCAGAAGCACGCCGAGCAGGUACAAGAAAGGACCUUUUCACCGAGCAGGGGCAGUUACCCCCAAGCUGGAAACAAGACUCAGCAAGUUGUCUGAACAACAUUUAACUCUGCAGGAGACUCUGAGGAAGUCUCAAGGUAAUCUGCCAUUCAGCUUGGAGAAGGGCAGAGGGGACCAUGAGGGAUCCAGCACUUACAGCCGGGUUCAGGUGUCUCUGGAUCCACACACGGCUCAUCCCCGGGUCCUCCUCUCUAAAGAUCGAAGAAGUGUCAGAUGGGCAGUAAGACGGCAGCGUCUGCCUGACAAUCCUGAGAGAUUUGACUUGCAGUUCUGUGUGCUGGGCUGUGAAGAAUUCACCUUGGGGAGACACUGCUGGGAGGUGGAGGUGGAGAAGGGAAGGUUCUGGGCCAUUGGGGUCGCCAGAGAAUCUGUGAGGAGGAAGGGAGAGAUCAGACUUAACCCUGAGGAGGGGGUCUGGGCUGUGCAGCGAUGGUUGGAUCAGUUCCGGGCUCUCACUGCCCCUGGUCCCACCCCCCUGUCCCUGCACCAGGUGCCCAGCAGGGUGUGGGUGUGUCUGGACUGUGGAAAGGGGCAGGUAUCAUUUCUCAAUGCCGAUACCGAGGCCCCAAUCUUCACCUUCCCACCAGCCUCAUUUGCUGGGGACAGAAUCCAGCCCUGGUUCUGGCUGUGGGAGGUGGGAUCCCAGCUUAGACUGAGCCACAGAGAUGGGAGGGGCAGAGACCUCCCGCUGAUAAUGGUAAAUGAUAAAACUCACAUCUCCUGCUCUCAGUAACCCAUGAGGAACUCACUCUGUGAUUCUGGAAACUCCAACAGA